AUGUCUACCCAAACUGAUGCUGAAGCGACUGCGCCUCAGCUCGCUGCGGUAUGUCGGCUCCCGGCCGAGCUCAUCGGGCGCUUCGCGGCCUUAUCGGGCGAUGAGAAGACGGUUCGGGUGAUGAUGGGAACGUGUCGGAGGUGGAGGGAGGCGGCGGAGGCGGCUUUGCGGCCGCAUCUGGCUUCAAAGACGGUCGUUGUCGAGCCACCCAUGAUGAAAUCACGCUUCACCAGCAUCCGCGCCCUCGACGACAAGGCCGCUAAGACCCGCCUCUCUCAGCUCGAUCAGACGUCCCAGCGCUUCGAGCGGCAUCUCAAGGCGUACCCGCCGUCCUCGGAGCACCUGCGCAAACUCACCAUUGAGGUCAACGACCAGACCGUGGACAUCACCUGGCGGCAGCUAGAUCGACUCAUGAACCAGCUGGAGGAGCUCAACGUGCACGUCUUUGACGGCAGCUGGUCUGACAUGGACGUGUGCGAUCACGACGAUAUUGACACGGAGAAUCCCGGGGAUGGCGGCGACCUCUGGGAUUGUGAAAAGUCCCUCGGCGGCGGAUACUGGCCCUGCAACUACGGAACCAGCGUCCCCAACGCCCUUCGGAAACUCUCCCUCUCCGCGACUUCGCGCGUAUUCCAACAUCUUCAAUCACUCUCGGAGUACAUCAGCGAGUUGAGGGAACUCUCGCUCGGGACGCACUGGUCGGACGACGAUGUCCACGCUACGUGGACCGGCCCCGGCACAUAUAUCCCCAGCAUGCCUCACUUGACACGCUUCACUCUAGUGGGCGGCUGGCAGACCAUCCGCGAUGCUGUGGCCAUCCUCCCUCGCUUCCCUGCACUCCGCGAACUCAUCAUCUACUUCCCCGGCUACACCUUCCCCGGGCAACGCGCCAAAUACAAAACCACAUGGCCCGCGGUGAUCGCUCGCUCGCUCUCCUACUACUACACCGCAACCAAUCUCGCCCUCUACGGUCCUUUGGCCGCGUACAUCUUGACCUCAGUCCAAGAGAUCCAGCAAACUCCAAAAUUCCAGCAAGCCCUAUGCAGCGUCACCAUGCUCUCCCUAGAAGCCGAGGUGGCGCAAGGUAUGACUCAUUGUUAUCCUCUUCUCGACACUACUUGGCUACACAAGAAUCCCUCGCUUCCCGCUUUGCAACACAUAACCUUCGUUCUUCCUUCAGCAAAACACCAAAACCGUCUCGCGGUCGGACCAGACGAUACGCCGAGCGGAGAGGUCGAGGCCCCAUCCCACAUCUCCCAACGCAGGUUGCGGGCGCUGUUCAAGCGGUACGAUACGCUUCGCCAGAUCCAAUGGGUGGUGGGAUACCCAGAUGACCCGUUCUCUGCCCGGGUUCCCGACGUCCAGCUGCAGCCAGGUGUGGCUCUCAGCGUAGACCGACCGGAGAUAGGGGCAGAUGGCAAGGAGGAGCCUCUUGUGUUCUUGCGAGCCGAGGGGGUCUGA